AUGGAUACCCCAACUGAGAUUCUUCAUAUGAUACUCCUGGGCAUUGUCAAAUACUUUUGGGGACAGACGGUAUUUCUUCUCAAGAAAGCAAAGUUCCUCCAGGUCUUUCAGUACCAGCUUGAGUCCAUCAACAAAGACAGCCUAAAUGCUCCCUGUCUAAAUGCAGACUAUAUCUGCCAUUACAAAGGGAGUCUAAUCGGAAAACAUUUCAAAAGUCUGGCGCAAGUUAUGUCAUUCAUUAUUUAUAAUUUUGUUCCCCCAACAGUGCUUAAUGCCUGGACAGUGAUCGGUGAACUUGUCGUACUGGUCUGGCACACAAAAUUUGCAGACACAGAAGCAUAUCUUGUGAAUUUCUUGAAUAUCAUAGUGCAAUGUGCACCAAAUAUUUUGAUAACAAAACCAAAGUUCCAUUUCCUCAUCCAUCUUCUGGUAUACAUUCGUCGUUUUUGCCCUACAAUCAUUUUUUCAACUGAGUGA